AUGAUACUGACUCUCCACAGUGCAUCAAAUGGCGUCUUGGAACUGGACAGGAACGGACAUUUUGCGCUUCGUGGAUUGUCAUCCGACAGCCCUCGACCCAUCGCGCCUGGAGUCACCAUUUCUCCCGGUAUCAAGACCUCUACUAAGACGAGUUCCCUUGGCAUUGUGGCCAACCGCUUGCCCAUCGAAGGGAGGGUGGCCAACAAUCGGAUCAGUGCUGUUCAAGGCGACUACGCCAACGCCGCUCCAUCGGGGCUGGAGUCAAUUGAUUUUCAAGAGUCCCCUAAUCUGACUUGCACCGUGUUCCCCGACACUGCUGGUGAUGCUGGAGACUCGGCCUUCGGUACCUUUGGAAGUAGUGAGGAUGUCCUCGACGAUGACCUGAUCGAUCAGCCAAGAGGUCAUCCUUCAUCGCUGCUCUCCAGCGACUUUGAGGCUAAACAAACAUGUGUGCGUAGGACCAUUGAGAAAGUAGGACUGUUUAUCGGCCAGUCUAGGAAAAGGGAUAAGGCAUUUGUAGGAUCGAAGUUUGCAGAUCAGAGAGACAUUUGUACGAAUGAUGAAGUCAAUGCAGCACUUCAAGUUGAGGAGAGACUAAUUGAAAACGCACAACGAAGACCAGCCCAUGCGCGCAAGUCCAGAGGUGGGUAG